AUGAAAUUUCGUUCUUGUCCUAUAGCAUCUGUCUCUGCCCUCUGUGACGUAACAACACAGGAAAUUUCUGCCGAUACCAGCUGGCGAUCCUUCACUUCCGUCGGAUUCAACGGAGGGAGUGGAUCCUACAUUAAUAACAUGGAUUGUUGGUGGCGGAUCGACUCGGGGGCGGAUGACCUCCGUCUUUUGUUAUUUCUAACGUUGGAUACUGCGUGCCCUGGAGAUAAAGUUUAUAUAUACGAUGGAAACUCAGCAACGACCCCUGUCCUUGCUAAUAACAAGUGUGGGACACCAGCCACGCCUUCGCACUACUCGACGACACAGCGAUUCGCCUACCUUCGAAUGGUAACGGACUCAAGCGUGCAGAAGGCUGGGUUCAAGUUGGAUUUUAUUGCGGCGAAGGACUACUCCGGAACUGGAUGUACAUCUACACAGUCCUUGUUUGCAGGAGAUAACAUACAAUUCCUUUCUAGUCCGAAUUUCCCUGGCCUUUAUAACAAUGGUAAGAGUUGUCGCUGGAUGAUUACAAGCGCUACCGGAAAUGUUGAUCUUGACGUCAUGUUUUCAGACAUAGAGGAUGAUCUUCCAACGCAGUGUAACUAUGAUAAGUACUACAUUAAUGAUGGAAAUGACCGUUGUGAUAAUAAUGCAGUAAGAACUGUGUGCUCUCAGUACCCAAAGGUCGCGCCCUUCACCUUUACCUCUUCAGGGUCAUCUGUUGUGGUAUCGUUCUUCAGUGACAAUACUGUCGGACGCCAUGGUUUUCUUAUAAAAUACAAAUCGAAUGUGACAGAUACAACUACUAGUACGGAACAGACAACGGAAAUGAGCUCAACUCAGACAGCUUCAUCAAACUUCGCAAAGGUCACUAAAGACUCGAACAGGUGCAUGGAUGUUAGGAUCGUGAUUGGUAUUGUUUUCGGGUCUUUAGUUGUGGUAAUCUUCUCUUGUACUCUUGUUAUACUGAUGAUCAUACGACGCCACAACUUACAGAAGAAGGCAGUGAAGCCAGACGAUUGAUAAUUAUUUUUUUGAUCGGUUAUGUAUAGCAUUUCAGCUGUGUGUACUUAUACUGCGUGAGCUGUUUUUUUUUCUUUCAUGAUGCUAGGAACAUCUUACUUGUCAAGAUUUUUAAAUGAGUUUGAAAAUAGCGAAGUAAUCUGGACUCUGUAGGGGUCUACUAUAUUUGUAUAAAACACU